UGUGAUAUUUCCUACAGCCCAUGAAGGCAGCACCAUGUUGUGCCCAUCCUUCAGCCCUAGAUGGCGUCGCUGCCCAGCGUGCUCCGCGGCACUGAGACAGCUGAGUCACAGAUACAUUUAGACCCAGAUAAAUAGAUACUGUGAAGAGGGGCUACAAUCAAGACACUGCUGUGUUUACUCCUCAUUUUUGACCCCCCACCAGCGGCCACUGAAACUGCGUGGAAAGAUGCUGACGAUAACACUGAAGACCCUCCAGCAGCAGACGUUCAAAAUGGAAAUAGACCCCGAAUUGACGGUUGAAGCCCUGAAGAAAAAAAUAGAGGAGGACAGAGGAAAAGAAGGAUUUCCUGCUUCAGGGCAAAAACUCAUCUAUGCAGGCAAAAUAUUAAACGAUGACACCCAGCUGAAGGAGUACAAAAUUGAUGAAAAAAACUUUGUGGUCGUCAUGGUAACCAAGCCUAAACAAGACCCUCCUCCAAAAGCAACUCCCCAGCCUGCUGCAGCUCCAACACCCCCGUCAGUCUCAGCCCAAGCACUCUCCUCUGGUCCAUCACAAAUGCCCUCCACACCGACACAUGCAGUGUCUGCACCCACACCCGCCCCCAAGUCAGGGCCCCCCUCUGAGAGCCCCUCCACAGUCCCAGGAAACACCCCGAAGGCCCCUGAGAAAGAGACAGCAGACUCAAACACAGCCGCAGACUCAUCAGCAGCCUCGGCCGGUCCUGCUCCAGAACCUGUUCAAGCAGACCAGACCGCUGCCCCUGCAGACUGCCCCACCUCAGCUGCUCAACCUGAAGAGAAGCCAAGGGAAGACCCUGAGAAUCAACCCCCCACCACUCCUCCAGUCCUCUCCUCUGCCUCCAGCCUUGUCGAUGAGCUCGGCCUCCUUGAAGAAGCAGCAUCAAUACUGGUGACCGGUCCAGCCUAUGAGAACCUGGUGUCAGAGAUUAUGUCCAUGGGUUAUGAGCGAGAGCAGGUGGUCAACGCCCUUCGAGCAAGUUACAACAACCCAGACCGAGCGGUGGAGUACCUCCUCAUGGGUAUUCCAGCAGAGGCCAGUGACCUCCCACCUCAGGAGCCAAUUAGACAAAGUGUGCCAUCCAACCCCCCCGCUCCUGCUGCCGCUCCUGCUGCUGCUCCUGCUGCUCCUGCUGCUCCUGCUGCUACUCCUACUCCUACUCCUACUACACAACAACAACCUCAGCAGCCUCCAGCUACUCCACCCACAGGUCUAGUGUCUGGCAGUCAGAGUCUCACUGCUGGGGGGGACUCUGUGUCCACGGGGAACCCUCUGGAGUUCCUGAGGAACCAGCCACAGUUCCAGCAGAUGAGACAGAUCAUCCAGCAGAACCCGGCCCUCCUCCCGGCUCUGCUGCAGCAGCUGGGAAGAGACAACCCACAGCUGCUGCAGCAAAUCACACAGCACCAGGAGCGUUUUGUCCAGAUGCUGAACGAGCCACGAGGUCGAAACACGGGUGGGGAGGGGGCCGAGGCCCCAGAGUCACCGCAGACCAACUACAUCCAGGUGACCCCCCAGGAGAAGGAGGCUAUUGAGAGGUUAAAAGCACUUGGCUUCCCUGAAGGAUUAGUCAUCCAGGCGUACUUCGCCUGUGAGAAGAACGAGAACCUGGCAGCUAACUUCCUGCUACAACAAUCCUGGGACGACGAGUAACCACGUGGCGCCGCAGAGGAGAAGACUGCGCUGUCAACGAGGGAGGAAAUGAGGAGAGCCAGAUCCUUUUAUUUUUAUUUUUUUUAAUUUUUUUUGGCGCGAUGGUUGUGAUGAUGAUGGUGAAGACACAUUAUUACCAUUGUCACAUGAGCUCCCUCUGAGCGGCGCCUCACUGCUGCUACAUCACGACAGCUGCCUCUCCAGUCUGAACAUUUUAACAACAGUCUGCAUCACCUUCACACACCAACAGGCUUUUAUUUUGAAAGUUUCUCCUGCAGUCAUACUGGAAAAAUACAAUACAAACACCACAUCUCACACACGUUACAGAAACCUGUCGCCCUUCAUGUGUGAUGCAAACUGUUGACCUCUUUCUCUUUUAAAGCUCUCGUCUGAUCUUUUCUUUCCGUCUGCUUCUUCUCUUGAUAAAAAGCCCCAAACACUCAAAGAACUUAAAACCAAACGCGUUCAAAGAACACUUUUCUUGUUCAGGUGUAGGCCUUUCAUUAACCACGCACACAUGGCUGUGCUUUUGUUGAUGAAAUGAUGAAAUACUCAAAAGUGUUUGAAAAUAAGUUUACACUAUUUGGGUCAAAAUUUUAACUCAUCGUUUUUAUUCUCUGAAUCAUAAUUUUGAUUUCACCCCUUUGUAGUUCAUGAAAUCAGGGGCGUGUCCAGACUGUUUGACUGGGGGGGGGGGGGCACUUGGGGCUCUGACUGGGCGUGGCCUGAUGUUUAAGGACACACACAUGCAAAUUAAUUUCUUCUCUUACCGUGUCUGUACCCACUAAUGAUCUGUAUCACCUAACUUUCAAGAAUACGUUUAUUGGCCAUUUGAAAGUGUUUAUUCAGAAAUGUUUUUGGUAAAGGCAAAGAAGGAAAAGUAUUAAUUUACAACUGAAAGCAUUCAAAUUACCAGCAGCCUGUUGAACACAGCCAGAAUAGUUGAUUUUGACUUAAGUCUCUUAUUAGGCAAAUAGCAAAUCAUAGAUUUUUUGGGGUGGCCAAUCAGAUUUCUAGUCACGCCCCUGCAUGAAAUUGUAUUCAGGAUUAAUUGUUGUUUUGAUUAAUUUUUUUUUGUUGUUUUUUCUUUUAAGAGUUCCAAAAAUUAUAUUUGAAGUUUCUAAUGAAGCGUGUCCACUCUGCGUUCUCAUUAAUGAUUGACUUGUUACUAAAAUAGUUGGUGCAGUUGUUGUGUUUUGUAGAGGACGAGGGGACACUCGGAGACACCACUUCACCUGUGGAGCGUCUCUUUGUUUUUGAAGUGCCACAAAUGCAUGCUUUGAUAUUUCCUUUGCUGGAAGACGACACGCAGCACGACUCGUCUACUGUCACACGUUCACCUCACAUCCUCUAUGCAUCUUAAAGCUGGACGAGACUGAGCACUCGCUCCCUCAUGCCUUAUGAGUUGUUAAAGACUUGAACGCAUUUUAAUGUCACACACGACGUUGUACAUCAUGUAGAGUGUUUCAUCUUUAGGGUUGGGAUUGUUCAUUCAUUAGUUAUUGUUUCAAAAUGGACUAAAGGGAAUUUGAAUUUGCACCUGAACUACGGAGCCCCUGAAGUCCCAAAAAUACAAAGUAAUCAUCUUGUGAGCUCGAGAUAUUUAUUAUAUUUUUGACUUUUUGAGACUUCUGGGCCUCUGUAGGAAGCCAAACAAAACAGAACCAUUUUCAUCUCUCAGCAUGUGCUUUGCUGUUUCUCCUUUGAGUUCUCUUGAUUGUGUUUGAACUGGAAGUGACUGGACGUUUUGUAUCAUAUUGUAAAUGGGAUAUACAUACUUUGGGACAAAAGGCACUUUACGGUGAUGAAGGCGUCUCCUCAGCUGUGAGGGGGGGUCGCCGGUUGCAUGGGAUUGUUACAGAGUUAUUUGUAGCUGCAUGGCAGUGGGGGGUAAGGAAUGAUGAAACCAACAGUGUGGUGAUGCUCUGAUCUCAGUUCAUCUGUUUGACCAUCUCUGUCAAUGUUUUCUUUUCUCUUGGGGGGGGGGGGUUAUGUAGAAUAUGAACAAUCUGAUGAACACCUGUUGAGGUUUUGCUGACUAGUUGUGAAAACUUUGGUUUCAUCAUCGUGUAAAAUAAACGGCUUUUACAAAG